GCCCGCCGGGCUCGGCGAAGACGCCAAGAUGGCGACGAGUCACUAUUUCGACUUCGCGCAGGGCGGCGGCCCGCAGUACAGUGCCCAGCCUCCGACCUUUCCCCUGCCCACUGUGGGGGCCAGCUAUACCGCACAGCCCACUCCUGGGAUGGACCCUGCCACGAACCCGGCCUUUCCCCCAGCUGCCCCGGCAGGGUACGGUGGAUACCAGCCCUACUCCGGCCAGGACUUCACCUACGGCAGCCGACCCCAGGAACCCGUCCCCACGGCCACCACCAUGGCUCCCUACCAGGACAGUUACAGCUACGGACAGUCAGCAGCUGCCAGGAGCUAUGAGGACAGGCCGUACUUCCAGCCUCCUGCCCUCCAGCCUGGGCACAUGACAGCCACAGACUCCUGCCAGCCAGGGACCCAAGAGGCCUGCGGGCAGCCCAGCCCCCAUGGCGGUCACAGCCACGCUCAGCCCCCACAGCAGGCGCCCAUAGUGGAGGCCGGACAGCCAGCAAGCGCCUUGUCCUCGGGAUACACCUACCCCACGGCGACAGGUGUCCAGCCCGAGUCCUCGGAGUCCAUCGUGACCUCCUACCCCCCGCCCUCCUACAAUCCCACCCGCACCGCCUACACGGCACCAAGCUACCCGAGCUAUGACGCGUCGGUGUACUCCACCGCCAGCCCUUUCUAUCCUCCAGCGCAGCCCCUGCCUCCCCCGGGACCCCCUCAGCAGCUGCCCCCGCCGCCCAUGCCUGCGGGCUCAGGAAGCAGCCCCAGGGCCGACUCGAAGCCACCGCUUCCCAGCAAGCUGCCGAGACCCAAGGCCGGGCCCAGGCAGCUCCAGCUUCACUACUGCGACAUCUGCAAGAUCAGCUGCGCUGGCCCCCAGACCUACCGGGAACAUCUGGGAGGGCAGAAGCACAGAAAGAAGGAGGCGGCUCAGAAGACAGGCGUGCAGCCCAACGGGAGCCCGCGCGGAGUGCAGGCGCAGCUGCAUUGCGACCUGUGUGCCGUGUCCUGCACCGGGGUGGAUGCCUACACGGCCCACAUCCAGGGAGCCAAGCACCAGAAGGUCUUCAAGCUGCAUGCCAAACUGGGGAAGCCCAUUCCCACCCUCGAGCCUGCACCGGCCACAGAGAGCCCCCCCGGGGCGGAGGCCAAGCCCACAUCCCCCACCGGCCCCAGCGUGUGUGCCUCGAACAGGCCAGCACUGGCCAAGAGACCCGUGGCCUCGACGGCCUCACGCGAGGGGCCUCCUGAGCUGCAAGCAGCAGGCUGCAGACCCCAGUGGGGGAAACCAGCCCGACCCAAAUUAGAGGAUCCGGGAGCACCUAUCCAAGGAGGCUCAGAGGACGCUCCCCUGGGCUGCUCUGAUGCGCAGCCGGUGGGCCCGGAAUAUGUGGAGGAGGUGUGCAGCGAAGGCGGCUGUUCCGUGUCUCAGGUGUGCAGCGAGGGCGCCUGUUUUGUGUCUCAGGUGUGCAGCGAGGAAGGGCGAGUGCUUCGCUUCCACUGCAAGCUGUGCGAGUGCAGUUUCAACGACCUUAACGCCAAGGACCUGCACGUGAGGGGGCGGCGGCACCGGCUGCAGUACCGGAAGAAAGUGAACCCGGACCUUCCCAUUGCCACAGAGCCCAGCAGCCGGGCUCAGAAGCUCCUGGAGGAGCGGAUGAGGAAGCAGCGGCGCCUGGCAGAGGAGCGGCUGGAGCAGCUGCGGCGCUGGCACGCAGAGAGGAGGCGGCUGGAGGAGGAGCCACCCCAGGACGUGCCGCCCCACGCACCGCCUGACUGGGCCCAGCCUCUGCUCAUGGGCAGGCCAGAGCCACCCGCCAGCGCCCCACUCCAGCCUGGGCGGCAGCCGGCGUCCAGCGACGACCGGCACGUCAUGUGCAAGCAUGCCACCAUCUACCCCACAGAGCAGGAGCUCCUGGCCGUGCAGAGGGCCGUGUCCCACGCAGAGCGGGCCCUCAAGCUGGUGUCCGACUCGCUGGCCGAGGAGGACCAGGGCCGCCGAGAGGAAGAGGGCGACAAGCGCAGCAGCGUUGCCCCGCAGACUCGGGUCCUGAAAGGCGUCAUGCGGGUAGGCAUCCUGGCGAAAGGCCUCCUCCUGCGUGGGGACAGGAACGUGCGCCUCGCCCUGCUCUGCUCCGAGAAGCCCACGCACAGCCUGCUGCGGAGGAUUGUCCAGCAGCUGCCCCGGCAGCUCCAGAUGGUGACCGAGGAUGAGUAUGAGGUCUCCUCCGACCCUGAAGCCAACAUUGUCAUCUCCUCCUGCGAGGAGCCCAGGAUGCAGGUCACCAUAUCCGUCACCUCACCCCUGAUGCGGGAGGACCCCUCCACAGACCCAGAAGGUGUGGAGGAGCCUCAGGCUGACGCAGGUGACGUCCUGAGCCCCAAGAAGUGCCUGGAGUCCCUGGCCGCCCUCCGUCAUGCCAGGUGGUUUCAGGCUCGAGCCAGCGGCCUGCAGCCAUGCGUGAUCGUCAUCAGGGUCCUGAGGGACCUCUGCCGGCGCGUGCCCACCUGGGGGGCCCUGCCAGCCUGGGCCAUGGAGCUGCUGGUGGAGAAGGCUGUGAGCAGUGCGGCUGGGCCCCUGGGCCCUGGGGACGCGAUCAGGCGAGUCCUGGAGUGCGUGGCCACAGGGACGCUCUUGACAGACGGGCCCGGGCUCCAGGAUCCCUGCGAGAGAGACCAGACAGACGCCCUCGAGCCCAUGACCCUCCAAGAGCGGGAAGACGUGACCGCCAGUGCCCAGCACGCCCUGCGAAUGGUGGCCUUCUGGCAGACCCACAAGGUCCUGGGCAUGGAUCUCCUGCCGCCCAGACACCGGCUGGGAGCCCGCUUCCGGAAGAGGCAGCGAGGACCUGGCGAGGCAGAGGAGGGCGCAGGGGAGAAGAAGCGGGGCUGGCGGGGCGGAGAGGGGCUCAUGUGAGCCGCCUGCCUCCCCCACCUGCAGGCCUUCACAUCCUUGCACUCCUGGACGUGUGUGCGCUGACCAAUGGCUGCUUCAUCCCCGACGUUGGACAACGGUCAUUUCCUUUUGAGUAAUGCUCUGUAGGUUUCUUUUAAAACACCUGCGCUUCAGGCCGGGCGCCGUGGCUCAUGCCUUUAAUCCCAGCACUUUGGGAGGCUGAGUUGCUUGAGCCUGAGAGUUCAAGGCCAGUCUAGACAACAGAGUGAGACCGCCAUCUCUCCAAAAUAUUUUCAAAAAUAAGCUUGGCGUGGUUGGUGGCCAGGUGCGGUGAUUCACGCCUGUAAUCCCAGCACUUUGAGAGGCCGAGGUGGGCAGAUCACCUGAGGUGAGGAGUUCGAGACCGGCCUCGCCAACAUGGUGAAACCCUGUCUCUAGUAAAAAAACACAACAAUUAGCUUGGCGUGGUGGCGUGCACCUGUAUUCCCAGCCACUUGAGAGGCUGAGUCUGGAGCCUUGUGGCCAGGAGGGCAGUGAGCUGUGAUUGCACCAUGGCACUCCAGCUUGGGCAACAGAAGACCUUGUCACUUAAAAGAAUUUUUUUUUUUAACAUUUGUGCUUAAACUGUUAGAGAAAUGACACCAUCCAGCCCUGGGAGUGGCACCCCCUCCUCGAGGGCCCCAUCCCCCACAGCCAGGGAGGCCAGCAGUAUAGCAAGCCGAUUCCAAACUCGGGGGCGUCUUGCUGGCUCUAAACUCACCUUGUGGUGCAGGAAGGGGUUUUAAAAUACUUCCUUGGCCGGGCGCGGUGGCUCAUGCUUGUAAUCCCAGCACUUUGGGAGGCCGAGGCGGGCGGAUCACGAGGUCAGGAGAUCGAGACCACGGUGAAACCCCGUCUCUACUAAAAAUACCAAAAAUUA